CGUUAUCGGGGGAACUAAGCUUUGUGUGGUUAUCAAACCUGUCCCCAAAAUAUUAUAAACAAAAUCUGAAAUUCGGUGAACUUCAGAUUGCCAGGUGUAUAUAUGCAAACGACGAACGACCAGAUCGCCAGUUAUACGGUAGAGGUAAGGGAAUAGACCCCGAUAUAACCGUAACCGUAACUUGUCCGCAUCCGCAUGCUCACAUAUGUUUUCCUAUAGCCGCUGUGGGUCAUUUGUAACCAGUUUGGCCCUUAAAAUGUGGAAUCUCCUCCGCCAGCGCUGCCUUAUCUGGAUUUCUGUUAUUUGUGUGCUGUGUUUUAGUUUGGCAAAUGCGCUCCAUGGCUAUGCUAAUACCGAAGGUCAGCAGCCAGACAGCUUGGCCACAUUACCAGGCCAACUGAAGUUUGUGCAUGUGAUAUAUCGCCACGGCGACAGAACGCCAGUAGACCCGUAUCCCACCGAUCCCUGGGGCGACAGGAAGUUCUGGUCCACAGGCUGGGGACAGUUGACCAAUCUUGGCAAGCAAGAGCACUAUGACCUUGGAAAAUGGUUGAGGAGACGGUAUUCAACCCUCCUUCCCGCUCAGUAUUCCAACGACGAUAUCUACAUACAAUCCACCGACGUAGAUCGCACCCUCAUGAGUGCCCAAUCCAAUCUCGCUGGUCUUUACGAACCUCAAGGUGAAGACAUCUGGAACUCGGACAUUAAAUGGCAGCCAAUACCGAUUCACACCAUUCCCGAGAAUGUGGAUCCCAUACUGGCAGCCAAGGCUCCAUGUCCUGCAUAUGACUACGAGCUGUCCUCCUUGGAAUCUUCUCCAGAGUUCAAGGCUAUGACCAAGAAACAUCAAGCUCUCUUUGCAUACUUGAGCGAAAAUGGUGGACGCCCUGUUAAGAGUUUCGUAGAUGCGCAGUAUUUGAAUAACACCUUGUUCAUUGAAAAUCUGUACAACAUGACACUGCCGAAAUGGACUCAAAAAGUUUACGGCGGAGAGGAGUUGACGUAUAUAUCCAAUUUCGCCUUUUCCAUCAGUUCUUACACAAGAAAGCUGGCGCGAUUUAAAGCGGGUCCUCUGUUGAAAGACAUAUUCCAGAGAUUUAGUGAGAAAUCCUCCGGUCACCUAAGCCCAGAUCGUUCAAUGUGGGUCUAUAGUGCUCAUGAUACCACUGUUGCCAAUGUUUUGAAUGCUCUUAAAUUGUUUGAGUUGCAUAGUCCUCCCUAUACGGCGUGCAUUUUGCUGGAGAUGCGCCUGGAUGAGAGUAAGACGCCACUGGUGUCCAUUUUCUACAAGAACACUACAGCUGAACCCCUGCCUCUGGAUAUACCUGGUUGUGGUCCUUCCUGCCCUCUGAAGAAACUUGUCAGCCUUUACCAAGAUGUCCUGCCAGUAGAUUGGGAACGUGAGUGCAAGCGCACUACAAUGAUGAUGACUUAUGAGGAGGCCAACCUGGGCACUGCGACGGGCAUUCUUAUUUUAAUCGUAAUCGCGCUGCUGCUUGUCAGCUAUGGCCUCAUGAUCUAUUACCGACGUCGCAACUACAAGCUGUAUACCUCGUACUCCCAAAUGGCUUAGCUGGAUAUCUACGUCACACAAUGGAAGGCACAACUUAAAUCGGAACUCAAAGCCUGGCCCGCUCUCUAAUUGCCAAAAUACUAUGUUUUAAUUGGAAAAAUGUAUAUUCUUUUUCAGUGGGAGAGCUAGUCCCAAAAGACAGUUAUUGUUGAUCAUAGUUACUAAUUAGUUAAAACGUGAAUUUCACACAAAGUCUGUUUUAAUUAAUUUUGUUAAUUCGAUUUGUGCAUUUGCAUUGUAAGCAUUUAAAUGGAGUGAUAACUGGUUUUGUUGUUAUUCAGUGAAAAAUUUGAAAUACGAAGACUGUGAAAAGCGAUCUUGAAGUUGCAUACAUAUAUACACAUAACAUAUUUAUACACAUAUACAUUUUUGUGAAAUUAUCUUGAAAGAUAAUUUUAUUGUAUUAAAAACGCUCAAAUCAGAAA